ACUUUUAAAGAAACCACAAAAUUAAGUCGAAAUCCUAAUCCUUUUCCUUUUCCUUUUCCUUUUCCUUUUGCCUUUUGUUAACAAGAAAGAGAGCUAGCUAGAGCCUGAGCCUGAGCCUGGUAAAGGAUCGGAGGAGAGAGAAAAAGGAGCAAUUUGGGUUCGGCGAGUGAAAAGCGAUGGCGCUAGAAGCAGCCGUAUAUCAACAAGACCCUUUUAGCAUUAAUAAUAACAACAAAGAUCUCUACCCUUUAUUAUUAGAACCUUAUUGGUCCGAUCAUACCAAUAAUUUUACCAAUAAUAAUAAUAAUGAUUGUUUUUUCCCUUAUUUCAAACUCCAAGAUCAUUCUUAUGAUUCUUACUUACUUGAUAGCAAUAAUCAACUAGAUUUUGAUUAUUAUUCUUAUAAUAGUAAUACUAAUCAUGAGAUUAUCAACCAUGAUGGUAUAAGUAUUAUUCCUCCUUCUACUCCUAGUACUUUAGUUAGUGAUUUGCCACCUUUGAAUAGUUAUGAUCAUGAGUGUUGGGGCUUGGUUAACUCCUCUUCUCCCGACCAAGACCGGAAUGCGGCAGCGGCGGAGGUGGAGGCGGAGGAGAAUGGUUGUGGUUAUGAUUAUGAUGGUGGUCCUAUGGUGAGGCCGAAGCAACGGCGUCGUGCACGAGCGAAGAAGAAUCAAGAGGAGAUUGAGAAUCAAAGGAUGACUCACAUUGCUGUUGAAAGGAAUCGUAGGAAGCAAAUGAAUGAGUACUUGAAUGUGCUUAGAUCUUUGAUGCCUGACUCUUAUGUUCAAAGGGGAGACCAAGCUUCAAUAGUUGGAGCAGCAAUAAACUUUGUGAAGGAGCUUGAACAUAACCUACAAAGCCUUAGUGCUAAGAAGCAAAUGAAAGAGAACGGUACCGAUACCGAUUCAUCAUCAUCAAGCUCAUCAUCAAUUAUGCCCUUUGGUGAAUUCUUCACCUUCCCACAAUUCUCGUCUAGCAACAAAGGAACAAGUCAGGAGCCGCAUCAUGAUCAUGCUAGUGUUGAAGGUGGUGCCGAUGUACAAGUCACAAUGGUAGAGUGUCACGCACACCUUAAGAUACGAUUAAGGCGUCCACCUAAACAAUUAUCUAAGCUUAUUUCUGGCUUCAAUUCUUUAAGGCUCUCCGUACUACAUCUCAAUGUUAAUACUGCUCAUGAUGGGGUUGUCCUUUACACUUUUAGUCUCAAGGUAGAAGCAGAGAGCAAGCUAAAUUCAGUGGAUGACAUUGCAAGGGAAGUGUACCUGUUGCUAGGUAGGAUUCAAGAAGAGGCUAGCUAAUUUUAUUUUUAUUUUUAUUUUUAACUUUUGAUUAAUUAGUAUUUAUGUGUCCUUUUUAUUAUUAAAUAGAAGUCACUACCCUUAUUAGCAGCUGGUUGUCCAAUGAUUCUCCCACAAAUCUAAACAUUUGAAUCUUUUCUUCAUCUUGUGAUUAAUCUUGUAGUAUAAUGUUUUUGUACUGCCAAAUUACAAUUAAUGGCUAAUUUUGUGAUCACAUUUUAUCAUUUAUAAGCAAGAACUAUGUUUAUCA